AUGGGAAAAAUGUGGUACGAAAUUUUUAUUCGUACUUUUACCGGGUAUCUACAUCCUCCAUUAGGUUUGGUUUUGCGUGAUUAUCAGAAGGAAGGAGUGCAGAUUAUGGAUUCCUGGUAUCAAGCUGGUCAUGGUGGUAUCAAUGGCGAUGAGAUGGGUUUGGGCAAAACAUGUCAGGCUAUCGUAGAGAUGCUGCGCUUGAAAGCAGAUGGUAAAGGACCUUUUCUUGUCGUGUGUCCUCUUUCUGUAGCAGAUCACUGGGUUUCGGAAGUGACAAGAUUCUCUUGCGAGACCCUGAAUCCCAUUCCUUAUUUUGGUUUCGAAGAGACUCGCCAGGACGUCAUGAAAAAGUUGGGAAAACUUAAGAAAAACAUGGUCUUCAUUGUUCCUUAUCAUAUUCUUCGACGCGAUGCUGAGUUGAUAAAUAAGCUGCAAGUAAAAUCGAAGAUUUCGUUCGAUGUCAUAGUUGUGGAUGAAGCUCAUAACAUAAAGAAUUCAGAAUCACAGAUUGCUGAAACGCUGAAACCGUACAAGCGUGAUGGUUGGUUCCUCUUGAUGACUGGAACACCGAUUCAAAAUCAUCUCGGCGAGCUCUACUCCUUGCUUACCUUUGUGGACUCGAAACAGUUUAAAGACAACAUUAGGUCAAAGAAGUACUUUAUGGACAAAUACAAAGAUGACGCUAAUCUUCCUGAACUAAAAAAGAUACUCUCGAAGUAUCUCAUUAGACGUACAAAAGACGUUGUGUGCAAGGAGCUACCAGCCUGUGACCAGGUUGUCAUCUAUCACAAUAUCACUGAUUUACAAAAACGCCUGUACUUGGAUAUUAUAGCAAGAGAUCGAGGUGACUUUAUAUCUAUUUCCUCCUAA